AUGCAAUUCUCGAUUGUUUACUUCCUUGUGUUUCUUAUUCCAUCUACUCAAUCCACCGGAUUUCUAUCUCUCAAAUUGACAUCUGAUCAUGAUUGUCUCGUUCAUCUGGAGAUUCAAUCAAUGGAAUAUUCUGAAACUGUACGUCUUUUAGCAUAUGAAACGAAAUCAUUGGAAAUAUUUACACCAGAAAUCACCAAUCAACUUUCUAUUCAUUUUCAAAUUCUCCAUCAUUUCUCUGGAGUAUCACUUUCCGAUGUCUCUUCUCAGCUAUUCAAAUUGGAUAACAAUGGCAUUUGGGAGCCACGUGUCAUUGAUUCGGAUCAAGUGAUUCUAUCGAUUCAAUCCAAUUUCCACUGUCAAAAAGGAUUCUAUGGACCAAUUUGUGAACGUCGUUCGAGAAGCACUUCUACUAUUAAAACAACGACUUCUAUUCCAACUGCCACGUCAUCACCAUUUCAUCUUCCAAUCAGUGAGGUCCAAAUUAAUAACCUAAUCAUCUAUGCAGUUCUAUCAUCAGUGGUCCUUCUUCUAAUCAUUGCCAACUGUUUCCUGUGUUUCUGUCGUCCUAAACCAUCCAAAUACAUUGAUUACACAUUCCAAAACGUCUUCCCAAUGGAUGAAUUCUUCCCAAUGGAGAAAACCAUCGGAUCACCCGAUACGGAAUAUUUUGACUCUUCCAGUAGAUAUUACUCAACAAUCACUCUUCAAUCAAGAGUCUAA